AACCAGAAACAUUCCAACUUGCUAGAAUGAAUUCAGCGAGCAAGGUCGGAGAAAUUUUUACAGCAGCAGGAGCGGCUUUCAACAAGCUGGCAGAGCUGACGCUGCAACUACAUCCAAGCGCAGACUCACCGUCAGGGGGUAAAUGGACUGAGGAAGAUAUUGAUAUGCUGCAAUCGGCAAUAAUCAAAUUUAACGAAGACCUAAAUCUUGUGAGCGAAACCAUCAAAAGGAGGACAGUGUCCCAGAUAAGGUCGACGUUGAAAAAGAAGGCUUUCGAAGAUGCUGGUAUACCCGUGAGCAGGCAGUUGGUCACCUCGCAGCCGCAGCAGGGGAUGCUAGGCAAGUCGGCUGAAGUUACGCUCAACAUGCUCAACGCCCAAGAGACAGAAGUGGACGUCGAGGGAAUGCACGAACACGUAAAAUUAGAGUUUUCGUCUCACGAAGAGGUCAACACAUGAAAAAUUUUCUUGUAAUUUUGUCAAAGAGUGAAAAAUGUAAAUACGAACGUUUUUUUGUGCGUGAACUUUUGUGUAAACUUUAAUUGUAUUUUAACUUAAUU